UUUGGGUUUCUAGUUUCCACUUCUUCUCCUUCUUGUUUUAGGAUUCAAAGGAUUUUUGCUACAAAGCUGGGAUCUUUGCGAGAUAAACACAUCAAGCAAAGCUUUUUAAUGGGGGUGACAAGAAGAAGAAGAAGUCCACACUUCUUCAAAAUUUUCAUGCCCCUACUCCACUCACAGCAACUGGUGGUACCUUCUGGUUUUUUGAAACACAUGGAAGGGGAUCUAGCAGAGACUUUAUCAUUGAUCGGUCCAAGUGGUAAUCAAUGGGAUGUGAACUUGAUGAAGAGAGGUAGCACAAUGGAACUAGACAAAGGUUGGGGUGAAUUUGUUGUUGACCACUCCUUGACGACUGGGGAUUUCUUGGUAUUCCGGUACGACAGUGAUUCACACUUCACAGUGUUGAUCUUUGACCAAAAUUCCUGUGAGAAGGAAACAGCUUUUUCUGCCAAGCCGAGUAAACCAACCAUUGAUCAUGGAAGAAGCAAGAGCAAACCGAAAGUGAAGAUGCCGGAAGAAAAUCAAGAAGCCCAAAAUAAUUCGAAGAAGAAAAGAGAAAGUGAAAAUUCCUGUGAGAAGGAAACGGCUUUUUCUGCCAAGCCGAGUAAACCAACCAUUGAUCAUGGAAGAAGCAAGAGCAAACCGAAAGUGAAGAUGCCGGAAGAAUAUCAAGAAGCCCAAAAUAAUUCAAAGAUGAAAAGAGAAAGUGAAAAUUCCUGUGAGAAGGAAACAGCUUUUUCUGCCAAGCCAAGUAAACCAACCAUUGAUCAUGGAAGGAGCAAGAGCAAACUGAAACUGAAGAUGGCGGAAGAAAAUCAAGAAGCCCAAAAUAAUUCAAAGAGGAAAAGAGAAAGUGAUGCAUGCGCAAAUGCGACAAAGAAGCUUAAUAACUCCGAUUUAUCUAUUGAAGAUCAGAGUUAUUCAAGUGAUGGAGCUUUCAGUGCUUCUUUAUCGGCUUCUACUUCAAGCGAUGCUAAUGAUGAAUCUAAAAGGAGAAAAGUAAGGCCAACGGUUUCUAGUAAAAAGGGCACAAAAGAAUCACCAGCUAUGCAAGGAGAAAGUUUUUCGGCGCCUUUAAAAUCACAAAGACGACAAGUUACACAAACAGAAUUGGAUAGAGCUCUCCAGAUGUCCAAGUCAUUCAAGUCGGCAUAUCCGUUCACUAGACUCGUCAUGCAAGACUCCUAUUGCUACCAUCAUUUUCAAGUGAAUCUUCCAUUUUACUUUGCGAAGAAACAUAUGGUAUUGGUUAAUACGAAAAUGACACUUUGGGAUCCCGAAGGGAGGCCAUGGACGGUAGCUUACCUUUAUUAUCGACGCCGAGCAGGGUUUAAGAAGCGGAUGGAACAAAUUUUCUUAUGCAAACAACCUUGAGACCGGUGACGUCUGCAUUUUUGAGCUCAUUAAGCCAGAUGAAAUGCGGGUACAUAUUUUCAGAGUUGUAGAACCAGUCACACCUUUGAUUCGAUUCAAUCCUCGCAAGCGGAAAUAAGCAAUCGAUGAUUGUAUUAUUUUUAUAGACAGUGAAUCAUCUAUUGAGUUCUUGUGACAAUGUAUGUUAAAUUAGUUUGUUCUUUACAGAAUUGCUCAUACAUUUUGUUUGACCUUCAAAUGAAUUGCUUUGUGAUAAUACAUAAAUAAUGAAUAGGAAAAUU